UUCCCAGUAUACAUAAACAUUUUCUGGGCAUCGAAUCAUCGAAUACACAUUUUGCUGUUAAUAGCAAAAUCCAAUAGGAAUAUUAGGCGCGAAAAUUGAGUCAACAGAGAUGUGGAGAAGAAGCAAUGGUGUGUCGAUCUGGAUCGUAUACAGUUGCAUCCUCUGCUCGGCCUUGUUUGGCGCCUUUGCCGAAGAGCCCCAACUCGGAUCGGCUCGCGUUGUUUUUCAGACAAAUUAUGGAGAUAUUGAAUUUGGUUUCUAUCCAACUGUAGCUCCCAAUACUGUUGAUCACAUUUUCAAACUUGUUCGUUUGGGAGGCUAUAACACCAAUCAUUUCUUUCGGGUUGAUAAGGGCUUUGUUGCUCAAGUAGCAGAUGUUGUAGGUGGAAGAGAAGCUCCUAUGAAUGAAGAGCAGAGGGAGGAAGCUGAGAAAACUGUUGUUGGUGAAUUUAGUGAUGUCAAACAUGUUAGGGGUAUUCUUUCUAUGGGGAGGUAUGCUGAUCCAAACAGUGCAUCGUCCUCAUUCUCAAUGCUUCUGGGAGAUGCCCCUCAUCUUGAUGGCCAGUAUGCAAUAUUUGGAAAAGUUACCAAAGGUGAUGAGACUUUGAAAAAGCUUGAGGAGCUCCCUACUCGCCGCGAGGGGAUCUUUGUAAUGCCGACCGAGCGCAUCACAAUUCUGUCAUCAUACUAUUACGAUACCGAGAUGGAAACUUGUCAUCAGGAGAAGUCAAUUUUGAAAAGAAGGCUUGCUGCUUCUGCUGUGGAAAUUGAACGACAGAGGAUGAGAUGCUUUCCAUAAUGUAGCAAGCCGGAAGCAAGCCAAGGAGAAGUAAUUGGAGAAAUAAUGUUUCGAUUACUACCAGUUAAUGAUGUAAUGCUGUUUGUAUUUUAUGAUAUUGAGUUGCAAAGAUCAGCUUUGACGAAACAGCACCAAGUAGAACAACAGAGAUACACAACCAACUAGCUGGAUGAUCCCGUUGUACCAUUGUGAAUCUGGCUCUGGUAAAUCAGUAAUCUUCGAAUGUUCAUUGCUUUGAUAUCAUCUUCUCUGCACUUUACCGUCGUGAUAUAUUGCACUCAAAGUUAUGCAUAAAUCAUGUGUGUUGUAAUGAAUGGCAGUUCAAACGCGCUGUUGGUGAUCUAUGCGACUGAAAAAUGGUUGUCAUAGUAUGUGCUGAUUUUACAUUAUGCAUGUAUUAUAUGAGUUUCUUCGUAUGGGA